UCUAAAAGUCAAACUUCCUCCUCAACAACCCAGUCUCUGACUCAGACUCUGGUUCUGGUUCUGGUUCUGGAGCGCGGGAAAAACUGUUUUCUUCAGACUGAACCACAAAAAAAGGAUUAAUUCACUUUACUUUCAUGGAAAACUAUUGAUUUUCUUUUUUUAAUAUAUACUUUAGUUGCACAGUCAGGUCGUCUGUACCACAAUGAGCUGGGGGGCGCUCUACGCCCAGCUGGGCGGAGUCAACAAACACUCCACCAGUCUGGGAAAGAUCUGGCUCUCGGUCCUCUUCAUCUUCCGCAUCACGAUCCUGGUCCUGGCCGCCGAGAGCGUCUGGGGGGACGAGCAGUCGGACUUCACGUGCAACACGCAGCAGCCGGGCUGCAAGAACGUCUGCUACGACCACUUCUUCCCCGUGUCGCACAUACGAUUCUGGUGCCUGCAGCUGAUCUUCGUGUCCACGCCGGCUCUGCUGGUGGCCAUGCACGUGGCCUACAGGAGGCGCGAGGACACGAGGACCAUGCUGGCCUCCAACGGCACCGAGAAGAUGACGGACAUGGACAUGGAGAAGCUGAAGAAGAGGCGUUUGCCGAUCACGGGCCCGCUGUGGUGGACCUACACCUGCAGCCUGUUCUUCAGGCUCAUCUUUGAGGGCGGCUUCAUGUACGCGCUGUACUUCGUCUACGGCGGCUUCCAGAUGCCGCGCCUGGUGAAGUGCGAGCAGUGGCCUUGUCCCAACAAGGUGGACUGCUUCAUCUCCAGGCCGACGGAGAAAACCGUCUUCACCAUCUUCAUGGUGUCCUCGUCGACCAUCUGCAUGAUUCUGAACGUGGCGGAGCUGGGUUACCUCAUCAGCAAGGCGCUCCUGAGGUGCUCGGCCCGGUCCAAGCGGAAAAACCACCUCUACACGGAGAGCGUGAGGCAGGACAACGACCUGAUGGAGAACAAGAGGAACGAGAUGUUGCUCUCCACGCGUACGGAUUCAACCAGCAACAAGACCUUGUGUUGAAGGACAAACGUCACUGGGAUCCAAGAGGAGAAAACCAUAAACUGCAUGUCCAAACACCCAUGAUGAUUUGAGAAGAUGGGAAAAUACUAGAUUUUAGCCACUUAGAAAGACUUUUCCAACUGGAAACUGAAGUUUAAAAACUGCUCAAACCCCAUAGUGAAAAUCAGCGUUUUGAGCUUGCAGGGACACAGGAGCUGCUGGUUCACUGCUGCCUCGUGUAUACGUUUUCAAACUCUGAAGUCUCUAAGUAACAUAUUUGAAGCUACUGACGGAAGCAGCCGUGGAUCAAAAGCUCCUGUGUUCUGUGUCGUAAAAUCGUUGAUUUUCUUAAUGGAGUUUGGUGUGGGAGAGCGAGCAGUUAGCAAAGUGACAAAACUUUCAUUUUCCAGGCAGAAAAAGCUGUCUAACAGUUAGGAAAAAAUCUUUUUGAGAUAUUAUGGAUUGAAUUUUAUUAGUCAAGGGGCUAAAAUGUGUUUGUCCCUGUUGGCAGCCACGUUUUAAACAAAAAAGAGCAUCUGUGUCUCAAAAAAAAAACAAAAACUAUGUCUUAAAAAUGGCCUGUCCUACAUUAUUAUAGUGAAUCCCGUAUUUAUAGUCAGAUGUUAUAAAUGAACGCAUGAAACAACAAACACGUUUAUCUUUUACAGGCGAUUUUAUCGCUCAGAGAGUGAAAGUUUGUUUUCAGACGUCGAUGAGUGAACCAGAGAAGAAUGAGUCUGCACUGACACCUAGUGGUGACAGUGGGAAUCUACCAAAGUGAAAGCAGAGAAACAAAUGAAGUUGUGUUGAUUCCAUGUACAGUAGUGUGUAGUUUACCAGUGCAUGAGUCACAUGACUGUAGCACAAGAUUUUAACCUUAAAACAUCCAAGUUUUAAUUUAACUUUCUCUAAUGUCCGUGUGUGUGUUUAUAACUAAUGUUGCACAAGAUAAAAUAAUAACAACAACGCUGAUUAAGAUUUAAUAUGAAGUUUUCACCUUUUAAAUCUUUUCGUCUUUUACUUGAACUGAAAGUGUUUGAAAUGGAAGUUUAUCUUAUAAAAUAAGACACAGCCCACAUAUACUGUUUAUAUGUAUAGAUGUAUACCUUUAUAUUAAGGCUGUUUAAGGUGUUUUUAUUCUUCUGAAUGGAUAAAAAAAAGAAUAUGUGAAUUCAGAAAUACUGGAUUACCGUGUGGACACUUGAAAAACAACAACAAGAUUAUUAAGUUAAACAACUGCCUUAUUGUUAUGAUUUGUAUAAUUUUCAAUGUCAUUUUUGGAGUUUUCCUUCCUAAUCCUGCUUUUAAAAGCUUGUGUUGUUGUUUUCAGUCGGCUGUAUCAGCUUUCAGGAUGUGCCUUAUUUCAGCCACAACACCGACCGUCGUUUAAAAAAAAGAAAAGAAACAAAGAAAGAAAAGUCUUUGUCCUCCGUCACAAAUCAAAACCCUGAGAUGAGAUGUUGUGGAUUCUUGUCGUUUUCUCUUCAGCUCUUGUGUCCUGCUCAGUGUGGAUUUAGAAAACUCUGAUUUGAACAGUUUGUUUGUGAUUGUUUGCGUUUUGUACGGUUAGAUAUUUUUUAUCACACUUGCACUUUGAUCAUUGAAGUCAUUUUGCUCUUUGAGAUGUUUUUGUUUGUGUCAUAAAUCAGUAAAAAAAACAACAACAUUA